AUGUUGAUCAGAGACAACUCGACACCGUACACGCUGGAACGCGUCGAGCCGGCCAUUCAAGUCGCCAUCAACGUGGUCAACUCUGAAAUUCUCAACUCCAGCUAUAGACUGGUACCCGUCCUCAGAGCGUAUGACAACGAGUGUAACGCGCGGAACGGAACAGGACUUGGCGAUUCUGGGAUAUUCGUGGACAAGACCGUGUACCCGACCUUGACACGAUUUGCGUACUGCCAGUGCCACGCUCGCCAGGUGAUCUCUGUGAUCUUCAGAAAGUUCAACUGGACGGAGGUGAUCCUGGUGGUGGACACAGAACACCCUCAGUACCAGAUCCUGGGAAACUCGCUCAGAGAUGGGCUUCAGAAGGAGAACAUCCAUCCGCACUUCCUCGACCUCAGGCUAAAGGAUAAUAUCGAUAAAAAGAUCGACUACAUCAGACGACAUUCAAGAGUUGUAAUACUCGUCGUGUCUGGCGAUACCCUGAGAGAGUUUCUGUUAAGAUGUUACGAACUGGGACAUAUCAGCACCGGGGAGUACGUGUUCUUGGAAAUCUUACCGUUUCCGUUUCCGGGCGACUACUGGGGCAACCAUGAUUGGAGGAGAGGAGACUCACGUGACCCUGACGCAAAGAAAGCGUACGAAGUGCUACUUCGAAUCUCACUGUUUGAACCAACGUCCGAAAACUGGACGAACUUCACAGAACUUGUGAUCCGUGAAGCCAAUAAAACGUACAACUUUGACUUCAAAGGCGAACAAGUUAAUUUUUACAUUGGAGCAUUCUACGACGGAGUUAUCAGAUACGGCCACCUGGUAAAACAGGCUUUAGACCUCGGUAUCCACUACACAGACGGGUACAGUUUGUCCAGACUUUGCUGGAACAAAACAUUUACAGGAGGACUGCCACCCAGACUACAGCUUAGAAAACCGAAGCUUGCACAGGAUAGAGUUCAAGGGAAUACAUACAGUGAUGAAAUCAGGUGUUGCAUGAUCCGCUACCAGGUGCUCGUACUCAGGAGAACAGCUUCUUCUCUAGGAAAUACGUAA